AUGGCGAAGAUCCGGGUGUCGUAUGAGUACUCCGAGGCCGAGGACAAGAGUAUCCGACUGGGUUUGUUCCUGAUCGCCUGUGGCAUCCUCAGCCUCUUCAUCCUGGGCUUCUGCUGGCUCAGUCCGACCCUGCAGAGCCUGCAGAGCAAGCCGGCCAACUGCACGGUGGUGUCUGUGCUGCGUCCAGAGGAAAUGUUUGAGUGUGUGUUUACGUGCGGUGCGGACUGUAAAGGGACGUCGCUGUAUCCCUGCCUGCAGAUCUUCGUCAACAACUCAGAGUCCAACUCUGUGGCUCUGCUGCACUUUGACGAGCAACAGCUGGUCCUCAACCCAAAGCUGUCUGAAGUCAUGAGCCGGACAGAAAUAGACCGAGUGAGAAUGAACCAGUGA